AUGGUUGUAUCUAAAAGAAAUAAUAAUAAUAAUAAGAUCAAAAAGCAAGAGAAGGAAGAUGAAAAUGUUGAGUUUGAAGAUGUAGACAAUGAUGACUCAGAUUACUCUGACGACUCUGAAGUUUUUGAAGAUGAUGAUUUUGAUUCGGAAGAAGAAAGGAAACUGAAAAAAUCAAAAUCCAUUAACAAGAAAAUAGCAACCAAUAAUAAUAAGAGCAAAAAGAAAAAUACAACUUCUAAAAUUAAAAUAGAGGCUGGUGGUAGUAAUGAAAGUAUAUAUAGAUCAGUUAAUCAUUCAAUUGAUUUACAUUAUUUUAAGGAUGAAGAAAUAGAAUCAAUUAGAGAAUCAAUGUUAAAGUGGUAUUCAGGAUGUAAACGUGAUUUACCUUGGCGUCAGAGAGAUGGAUUCGAUAGACAAACCAUUGCAUAUAGAGUGUGGACUCGUGUCAGUGUGGUGAUCGACUAUUUCAAUCGUUGGAUAGACAAUUGGCCAACCAUCGAGAAACUGGCAGGUGCUUCACUCGACCAAGUCAAUCAGGUAUGGGCAGGUCUCGGAUACUAUCGUCGCGCCAAGAAUCUUCACUUGGCUGCAACACGGCUUGUCAAAGAGAACAACUCACUGAUUCCAGACAAGUUACAACAAUUGAAAGAUGUUGAAGGUUAUACUGCAGGUGCUAUUUUAUCUAUUGCAUUUGAAAAGCAGGAACCACUUGUAGAUGGAAAUGUUAUACGUGUACUUAGUAGGUUGCGAAUGAUUGGUGCGAAUCCAAAGAAAGCGGCAACUAUUAAGCUACACUGGAAAUUGGCGGGUGAAUUAGUGGAUGCUGAACAGCCCGGUGAUUUUAAUCAGGCUUUGAUGGAGUUGGGCGCAACAACAUGUCUGGUAACAUCGCCACUUUGCAACAAGUGUCCAGUUAGCUCUCAAUGCUUAGCUUAUCAACAAGCAGAGAUUAAUAAGAAUAAGAAUAAUAAUAUCAAGAAGAAACCAACCGCAAAUUCAAUAACCAAUUACUUUACAUCGACAACAACAUCAAAAACAACAACUACAACAACAACAAAAACUAAAGAAGAAAAAGUAGAAGUUAAACGAGAAGAUGAUAAACCAAAGAUUAUAGAUAUAGAAGAUCUUUGUGGUGUUUGUGAGCGUUGGUCGGAUAGCGAUGAACCCGUCGAGAGUGUGACAAAGUUCCCGAGGAAAGUAGUCAAGGCAAAAGCAAGAGAAGAGACAGUCGAUGUCUUUAUAGUCAUUAAUAAACAAACACAAGAGACACUGUUAGUGCAACGACCAGAAACAGGAUUAUUAGCAUCACUAUGGGAGUCACCAUCGAUAGUAAGAGAACAAGUUAAAGAUGAUGACGAAGAAGAUGAUGAAGAUGAAGAUGAAGAUAAAGAUAAUAAAAAGAGAAAAAGAAAAACAAAAGAAGAACAAUUCACAUCAUAUAUUUCCAGUAUUCAAAGAGAGUUUAACGAUCUCUUUAAGAUUGAAAGUAUUAAAUCGAUUGGAACAACCGUUCAUAUAUUCUCGCAUAUAAGACAAACACUGGUAGUCAACAAAGUAAGUGUUGAAUCGACAACAACAACUCGUUCUGCAACCAAAACCACUAAAUCGAGCAAAGAAUCAAAGAAAGCAACACAGUGGAUUGACAUUGAUAAACUAAAAGAUGCAGCGAUAUCCAAUCAAAUGAAAAAUUGUAUAUUUAUAUAUACAAUGUUACCAAAAGUAAGAUAUUUACAUUUGGAUGUGUUUUCUAAUGGACUACAGGGUGGUAAUCAUUUGGGUGUGGUAACAGAUGCAACUGCCUGGACAGAUGAUCAGAUGAUUAGAUUUGCGAAAUGGACAAAUUUGGUGGAAACUACCUUUCUGCUCAAACCAACACAGCCAAAUGCCUCAUAUAAAGUUAGAAUAUUUACUCCCGAAGGCAAAGAAAUACCUUUUGCCGGUCAUCCAAGUAUAGGUUCGGCGUUCACCGCUUUGUAUAUAGACGCUGUACAGGCAAUCUCCUCGUCAGAGCAGCAACUCACAAUCUACCAAGAGUGCGGUGCCGGUGUGCUUCCGAUUCGUAUCACCGGCGACAUUCUAAUGUUACAGUCACCAAAAGCAAGAGUUAUAAAGACAGGUGUCGAUGCGAAUCCACUGUUGGCGCCAGCACUUCUCGGCAUUGAAAUGGGAAGAUUGCCACCGGCUCUCAUCGAGGGUGGCAGACAUUGGUGGAUAGCCGAGUGCAGCAGCGAAGAAUCACUCAGACAGUGGAAACCAGACCACCACUCGAUACUCAGUUUGGCAAAAGACUCCAACACUCUGGGAAUAUGUGUAUUCGCGAGAAAAUCGAAAGCAUCCAACAUAGACGACAAGUACGAUAUUGUAGUGCGUGCACUUCCCGCCGGUAUUGGAAUCGUCGAGGAUCCCGCCUCUGGUGCUGCCAACGGUUUGAUCGGUGCAUACAUCGCGUUUUCAGAGCCAAACGGCCCACUUGCCAAAGGUUACAUUGUAUCGCAGGGCAGAGAAAUUGGUCACGAUGCUAAACUACACAUUGAAAUUGAGACUGACAAGAUUUGGGUUGGUGGACGAACCAAUAUUGUAGUUGACGGUCAACUUCAAUGGAACUAA